GAGCCAACACUUCCUCCAGCUUUGGCAACAUCCGGAUUCCAGUCGAGAUGGUCAUGGCGGAGGGUGCAGCUGUUAUGAGGAGGAAUCGACCAGGGACUAAAGAAAAGGACUUCUACAACUGGCCCGAUGAGUCAUUCGAGGAGAUGGACAGCACACUGGCUGUGCAGCAGUACAUCCAACAGAACAUCCGUACAGACUGCUCCAACAUGGACAAGAUCCUGGAGCCCCCAGAGGGCCAGGACGAAGGUGUCUGGAAGUACGAACACCUCAGGCAGUUCUGUUUGGAGCUGAAUGGACUUGCUGUGAAACUACAGGGAGAAUGCCACCCAGACACAUGCACCCAGAUGACGGCAACAGAGCAGUGGAUCUUCCUCUGUGCUGCACACAAGACUCCCAAAGAGUGUCCAGCCAUCGACUACACCAGACACACCCUGGACGGAGCCGCCUGCCUCCUCAACAGUAACAAGUACUUCCCUAGCAGAGUGAGCAUCAAAGAAUCCUCAGUAGGGAAACUGGGUUCAGUUUGUCGGCGGAUCUACAGGAUCUUCUCCCAUGCUUACUUCCACCAUCGUCAGAUCUUUGACAAGUAUGAGAACGAGACAUUCCUGUGCCAUCGGUUCACGCGCUUCGUGAUGAAGUACAACCUGAUGUCCAAGGACAACCUGAUUGUACCCAUCAUGGAGGAUGAGACUAACCCUAAUGAAGCAGAGGGCGAGAGCGACGCCUGAGGACUGGGAUUUGAAGAGGAUCUGCUACACCCUGCCAAACUAUUUCUCUCUCACACACACACACACCCACAACCACACAAUACUCCCAAAAGCACACUAAAAUCACCAGUUUUUAAGUAGAACAUGUUUUAUAUUGUAUUAACA